AUGCUGGCAUGGCAGGACGGCGGGGCCAAGGCGGCCCCUUCUCACCACAAGAUCUCCUUUUCGGUCCUGGACAUCUUGGAUCCGCAGAAAUUCACGCGAGCUGCGCUCCCGCCGGUGCGUCUCGCUGCCCUGGAAGCCAAGAAAAGUUUAGAGGAGGUAGAAGCAGGGGAGGACGCCAGCCCGGGGGAUCCUAUCGGCUCGCAGGAGACACCUGACGCCCCGGGCCGAGGGACUGCACCCCCGUCCCCCCUGGAAGGUUCCGAGGCGGAAGAGGAGGAGGAAGCAGAGGAGGCCGGGCAGGCGCAGCGGCGGGAGCGGCCGGAGCACUGGCAGGGGGUCCAUGCGGGCUUUCCGGAGGCCCGGGCUGGGGCGGCGGGAGCAGAGGAGAGCGGCGCUGACGGCCUCCCGGCGUCCCCGGACUCUCCCGGCUCCCCGCGGCCCCGGCGCCGGCGAGCGGAGCCCAGCUGCGCCAAACCUCGGCGCGCGCGCACCGCCUUCACCUACGAGCAGCUGGUGGCCCUGGAGAACAAGUUCCGAGCCACGCGCUACCUGUCGGUGUGCGAACGUCUGAACCUGGCCUUGUCGCUCAGCCUCACGGAGACGCAGGUUAAAAUCUGGUUCCAGAACCGCAGGACCAAGUGGAAGAAGCAGAACCCCGGGGCCGACGGCGCGGUGCAGGCGGGAGGCGGUGCGCCGCAGCCUGGGACACCCGGCGCGGUGGCGGGGCCCUGCGGCAGUGGCACCGGGAGCAGUCCUGGCCCACCGGUUCCUGGCGCUCUGCCCUUCCAGACUUUCCCCACCUAUCCUUCGACCAACGUCCUCUUCCCCGCCACCUCCUUCCCGCUGACGACCGCCACCAGCGGGAGUCCCUUCCCUCCUUUCCUUGGGCCCUCCUACUUGACCCCUUUCUAUGCCCCACACCUAUGAAUCCGGGACUGCGGCUCAGUCGGGAUUCACGAGUGACCAGUAUGGUGGUUUGGGCCAUCGCUUCACCGAGGGGUACCGACCGCCCCCUCCUGGUGUGCUGGUGUCUGUGUGCCCCUUCCCUCCAGCUGCUGCUGACACCACCAGAGGGCGAGAAGAAGCCAUCUGCUGGACUGCGACCACACAGGGAUGAGAAAGUGUUCAGACCAGGACUUAAAAUCUUCCAGCUUCUGGACGUCGCUCUUCAUUUUCAUUCACUUCGAAAGCUCUAUUUUUUAACGUGUCUGGGUAUUCAGUUUCCAGGCUAAUAAGGGUUCCCGGGAUGGAGAUCAGAGGGAGCCAAGAUGCCCUGGGCACCAGUUGCUGUCACCAAGGACCGAAUCUUUAAAAGUUGCAGUACAUACAGAGAGGAAGACCUUUCUUCCUCGCGGUGAAAUUGGCUCAACACAGUACUUCUCCCAAAUCCCGAACAGAGCUGGAGCACGCUGGACCCAAAGCAGAUGCGGCUAUCUAUCGAGCGGACUGUUUCCAAGAUGCGUAACUCAGCAUUUCUAGCUCUUGAGAUUCAGACCUGAGACAGUUACUGACACUAACAGACUUGUUCUUCAGAAAGUGACUACCUUACUUUCUGUGAGCAGACUCCACGUGUGCCCGGAAGCUGUUCAGCGUUGUGCCUAGACUGCCCGGGAUGAGACAUUAACUGUUGCCUCGCAGGUUUGGAGAGCAGCUUGGACAGACCACAGCAGCGCCCUAACAGUUAAAGAGAGCGAUGACCCAAAGGAUGUCCUGAAGUCUGUGUUGAGCUGUUGCGAUGUGCGGUGCUUGGCGUUCAUCUCUCCGUCUUACUGCACCUUCAUGGACUCCCAAUCUGACCCGCUGGGGCAAAGCAAGCUCCAGCAGCAGGCACUGCAGUCAGACAUGUGACUAUAUUUUUUGAAAGCACAAACAUAACGUAUUUAGAUUACCUGAAAUUCUGACUUGAAAACAGUUCUUAUUCUAAGUAGACUCCCCCCCCCCCCCCACACACACAUGAUGGUGAACAAGCAAAAGUCGUAAGGGACUGGGAAAGAAAUACUAACCAAGUGUAAAGAGCUGUUGUGGAGCCAAAACCUAGUUGGGAAUGGUCUCAAGGACACGUACGUUCUAACUGAUGCUUUCUGUCUGUUAAAACAAAGCCAAGGUACUCUGUAAAGUCCCCUUACCAUUUUUGUUUGAAAUGCUCACUAGUUUUCUGUGUUACUUGGUCUUGCAGUCACACCUUAGAGGGCCAGAUGACCCCAUGUAUUCUAUUUCGUGUUUCAUCCUUCCUUUCUUAAUGGCUUGAGGGCAGCCAGCGCUACAUGAAUACUGUAUUCCUUACCGUUAUCCCAUGGCAGCCUGUUCCAUUAAAAUUUAAACUUAAUGAUCAACAGCUUUAAGUUAAACAUACACACUGGAAUUAUGAACAUUAUAAUUUUGAAAUAAUCAGCUUUAUUAUGAUGAUGAACGAUAGGAAAUGCCCUUCCUUUCUCCCAACUUAAAGGGAGAUUUCAUGUACUGGGUCUCUAAGAUUUGGGAGUAUGAACUACUUCAUUGUGUAGCUGAUAAUUAAGACUCUCUUCUUUCUGUUCUGAAAGAUAACGUCUCCAAACACUGCACUGUAACUUCUCAAAGGACGGUUGGUGCCAAACGAGAUUAGAAAUGAAGCUGCUACCGCAGGGAGCACAGUUUUAUUCACUGUACAUGCUGACAAACACUCCUUCAGUGACUGUUCUCAGCAGCAGCGUUCCAUGUCUGCGAGCAGAUAACAAAGGAGUCAGGUUUCUGUACUAAGUGGGAACCUUGUCACUCCAGCCCCAGGCGCCAGAGUCACAGGCUUCAGUGGCAGAGGAGACCCUCCCUCAUUCCACACGUUGUCAGAGAGGGGUACCAGAAGUGUGUGACUUUGGACUCCUGCUUUAAAGGACCCGGUGACAUUCCCAUGAACUCCUUAGACUCAUUUCUAGACUCAUGUGUUGGCCAAAUAAAUUCCUUUGUAAUCAU